AUGGAAGGAGAAAGCGAGGAAGAGGAACGUGAUUCAGCAAAACCAGAAGAAGACGUACCUCAGAUCUCGUUGUAUGCUCUGAUUGGCUGGAGCGCUCCAAAGACCUUGCGAAUCUCCGCUACGGUGAACAAGAAAAACGUGGUGGCUCUUGUGGAUAGCGGAUCUACACAUAACUUCAUUAGUGAAAAGGCGGCUGAUAGGCUCAAUCUGCAGAUCACACGGACAUCACCCUUUGUUGUUCGAGUUGCCAAUGGAUCUCCACUUCAAUGUCACGGUCAAUACAGAGACGUUCAGGUGACGAUGGGAGAGACUAUGGAGUUUGAUUUGGAAGGGAAGCGCUGCAUCUUGCGUGGUAUAAGCAACACACCAAUUCAUGCAGCAGAUGCACGUGAGUUCGCUAAAGAGAUUCGCCAAGGGCAUGAGGUAUUUGCUAUUUACGUUUCUAGUGACGGCACAAAGAUACAACCGAUUGGAGACACAAGCAACACAACCGGACGGAUUCAACUCAAUUUUCCAGAUUCAUUCAUGAACCUUGAGGACAAGGUUCUGUUAGAGGAUGGGAGUAAUGAUGAGACCGUAAGUGUGGUGAUUGACAAUGAUGCUGAGCUGGACAAGAGGAGUAGGUCAAGGAGCGGGAAAACCAAAUUGCAGGUUAUUGAUUAA